AUGCCGUCGCUCUAUCUUGUUGCAGCCAUCGGGCUUGCCCUAGUCGGUUACAUAGUCAAGAUCGUUUUGACAGGUCAGCGGUCACCUCUUGCGAAGCUGCCAGGCACAUGGCACUCGACGUACACCAAUCUUGCCUUACGCUUCCACAUCCUAUCAGGACGACGGAUAUUCUACGUGGAUGCUCUCCACCAAAAGUACGGCGACGUUGUUCGGAUCGCACCAAAUGAAGUCUCCGUGGCGGAUAUCGCGGGCGUUUCUCAGAUUCACAAGAUCGGCUCUGGCUUUCUGAAGGCAGACUUUUACACAAAGCUCACACCUACCCGCGAGCCAGGAAUUUUCGCCAUGCAGAACCCUCACGAUCAUGCAGCCCGGCGGAAGCUGUUUGCCCGUGCUUUCAGUAACUCAAGCAUGAAGGGCACCUGGGAGUCCGAGAUCAGACGCAAGACUGCACUCGCGGUCAGUCAGAUCAAGAAUGCUGCGUCGCGACCCGGGAAAGGAGCUGACGUUAUGAAAUGGUGGACGCUAAUGGCGACGGAUGUGAUCACACAUCUGAGUUUUGGAGAGAGCUUUGGCAUGCUUGAGCAGGGCAAGCAAACACCCUACAUCGAUGCACUCCAGGCAGCAUUACUUGGUGGUGUACUGCGCGCCGAGUUUCCUCUCGUGCACUCCAUGCUUCGGUACAUCCCCUUGAAGAAUGUGCAAAAGAUGGUCACAGCCGACGACGUUGUGUAUGAGUAUGGCGCUCUUGCCAUACAGAACAUGCGCAGCAGCCAAGGCAACAAUUUAAAUCUCUUUGGCCAGAUGGUGGCGGCUUGCGACGAUUACGAAAAAGCAGCGCUCACCGACAGUUCGGUCCGCGAAGAGGCCGGGAAUCUGAUCGUCGCCGGAUCUGACACCACUGCUGUGACUUUGACCUACCUAGUCUGGGCCGUUCUGAAGGACUCUGCGCUGCAAGCUCGCUUAGAGGAAGAGGUAGCUGGACUGAGUGAUCAGCUGGACAUGGCGGAGCUCGAGAAUGCGCCCCUGCUCAAUAGUGUGAUCGAAGAGACCCUGAGACUGUAUGGAGCUGCACCAGGAGCCCUGCCGCGCAUCGUACCAAGUCAAGGAAUGAUCGUCGCUGGCCAUCAGCUCCCUGCUGGUACUGAGGUUAGCACCCAGGCCUACACACUCCAUCGGGACCCUAGAAUCUUCCAAGAGCCGCUCCGCUUCGACGGCAACCGCUUCAUGGACAAGACGAAACUCUCGGCUCAGCAGAAAGCUGCGUACAUGCCUUUCGGAGGCGGUUCUCGGGUAUGUCUUGGUAUCCAUCUCGCAUACAUGGAGCUUCGACUCGCGACAGCUCUGUUCUUCAAGCAGUGUCGUGGCGCAAGAUUGGGCGGCGCGAUGCGAGACGACAUGAUGGAGUUUGACAACCGCUUCCUGAUCGCGCCAAAAGGCCACUGUUGUUACGUGCAGCUGUCAUAG